GAGAGGGCGACCCGCCCCGCCCCGUCGCGUUGCUCCCGCUGCUCCCAAAGCGUUAAGAGAACCCGCCCGCACCACCCAAAAUUCCAGCCGGCUUGUGUCUACCUCGCAUCACCACUAUGGCCUCAGCUGGUCUGCAGAUCUUGGGGGUCAUCCUUGCGCUUCUGGGCUGGGUCAUAGCCCUGGUGUCUUGUGCCCUGCCCCUGUGGAAGGUGACGGCCUUCAUCGGCAGCAGCAUCGUGGUGGCACAGGUGGUGUGGGAGGGCCUGUGGAUGUCGUGCGUGGUGCAGAGCACGGGCCAGAUGCAGUGCAAGGUCUACGACUCGAUGCUGGCACUGCCCCAGGACCUGCAGGCUGCUCGGGCGCUCUGUGUGGUGGCCCUGCUGCUCGCCCUGCUCGCCCUGCUGGUCUAUGUGGCCGGAGCCAAGUGCACCACAUGCGUAGAGGACAAGGACUCCAAGGCCCGCCUGGUGCUGUCUUCCGGGGCCAUCUUCAUCUUCUCCAGCCUCCUGAUCCUCAUCCCUGUGUGCUGGACGGCUCAUGCUAUCAUCCGGGACUUCUACAACCCUCUAGUGGUCGAGGCCCAGAAGCGGGAGCUGGGGGCCUCCCUCUACCUGGGCUGGGCCGCCUCUGGCCUGCUGCUGCUGGGUGGGGGGCUCCUAUGCUGCACCUGCCCCUCGGGGGGCUCCCGAAGCUCCAGCCAUUACAUGGCCCGCUAUUCCGCCUCAGCUCCCCGGGGCACAGCUCCGGGACCCUCUGAGUACCCCACCAAGAAUUACGUAUGA